CUCAAUGUGGCCCUUUCUUGCUGUGGAAGUUGCCAAUCCACUGAUCGCAUGAUUGUGUACUGCCACUGAAGCGAUGAGCCAAUGAAUGGCAAUGCUGCGUACCCUGCCAAAAGUCGUGCAGUCAAAGCACCUGCAAGCGCCGCCCAGGAUGACAUUCUCACAGAGUUGAGACUGAAGCCAGAGCUUUGCACCAAAUGGAAGUAUGGACGGCGUAGCAAUGUGCUUGCGAACGAAGCUGUGACCUUGGGGGGACAUCCGCCAGCUUUGAAUGGUGGCUUGAAGGUGCAGAGAUAUGGCGGCCUAGAGUUCAUCAACAACUUUGACAGCGCCAAUGGUGAGAUCUUCCCUCACGGACCAGACGCAGAGCGCUUCCACAUUCUUUUAAGACCAGAUCCUUCAGAUGGCGCUGAGUCCACGGGCCGUCGACGGUGGUUUCAUUUUGGCGUUCGCUUGGGUGAGGGUCAAGUAGCUCCCGUGAAGGCACGCUUCGUGGUCAACAACCUGAGCAACAUGUUGGACCUGUACAACUUGGAUGGGCACCGUCCGUUCUGUUACCAAAUGCCUGGCGCUGGCACCUGGCGGCGCUUGGCAGAGGAUUGCAGCUUCGCGUGCCACGAGGAGCAAGUGGACGAGAAGGGUGUGGAGGACUCCAAAAAGAGCCCCUGCAGACUGAAGGAUGAAUGUUUGCUUCCUCGUGUGCGGCAACUUGUAGAAGGUGAGAAGAAGCGGAAAAGCUUCUACAUCGCUUGGGACUUUCAAGUCGAGCAUGGCAUCACAACUUACUUCGCCUUUUCGCCUCCGUACAACUAUGCCAGCAUGCAAGAGUACCUCAAUCAGCUGGAACGGUUCUUCGAAUCGAAGCACGAGGGAGAGAUCAUCCCCAGCUACAUGCCCCGCAUCGAGCGGAACGGAGGCGGCUCUGGGACGCUCAGCCAACGGAGUGCCGCAACGAAACCUCCCAAGGUAAAGGUCACUGUUGAGCAUGCUGCAUGUGAUCCUGUGAAGAAGAUGUACAUCUGGGUUCGAAAGGAUGCGUCCAUGCUACAAGUCAGGCAAGCAAUUAUGGAAGCGCUGGGAUUGAAGAAACUCUCUUUGGUUCGAUUGGUGAAGCGUAUGGGUUCAGACAAGCGCCUGAUGACGUCUAUGGGAGAUUCAGAACGACUGAGUCAGAAAAGUCAUGUCCUGAUGAUGGGCUAUGACUUCCCAGAUGGUUUUUCUGGUCCAGAACCUCAAGCUGAAGAGCCACGAAAGGAGGAAGCAUUGCCACUGGCACAAGGCGGCGAGUCGCAUCAGUGGGAGCCUUGUUGUGGAGAGAAUGUGUACUUCCACCGUCAACGACUCUGUUUGAGCAAGGAAGGGCGGCGCAUUGACCUUUUGACGCUCUCAGAAGAUCUUCGCGACCCCACGGCGAAACAAGUGGUGGAGGCGCCACCAGAAGGCUUUCGCACCUGCUCUGUUUCGGUGGAUGGUGACACCCCAGCUCGGCACUUUGCUCGUCCGAUCAUUUUUGUCUCUGCAAGAGUCCACCCUGGAGAGACACCAGGUCAGUUCGCCUUUCUGGGUUUCUUGCGUUUCCUGAUUAGCGAUGAUCCUCGUGCAGCUCUUUUACGUCAGCAGUUUGUCUUCAAGAUGGUUCCUAUGCUGAAUCCCGAUGGAGUUGCCAGGGGCCACACUCGAGCCAACAUCGGCGGCUUGGACCUCAACCGAUGCUAUGGAGAUGCCAAUCCAGGAGAGCAUGAAGGUGUGUUUUGGGUUCUGGAAUGGUUGAAGCAUUGGACUCAGCAAGGCGAGCUGCUCUUCUACUUGGACAUGCACGCACAUGCCCACACACGUGGCUGUGUGCUCUAUGGCAAUCGACUUCCAUCCACGCUGUCGCAGGUUUGGAACGUGGCCUUCGCCAAAUUCUGCGAGCUGAACGGUCCGCAUUUCGACUUCCAAGGCUGUGAGUUCCCUCCCAAUGCAGAGAAGGAGACGGAGAGCUGUGGGCGCGCCUGUGUGGCAGCCCUUUGCCGCCUCAGUCACGCCUACACGUUGGAGUGCCACUACAGCAUCGGCCGCCAGGCUCACCCUCUAGAAGAUCCAGUGGGCUUGGAUGAACGAUGUGUCCAUCCAGGUAUGAAUGUACCGAUGCUAUGUCAGGUUCCUUAUGGGAUCUACGAAUGGGAAAGCAUGGGAGAAGCCCUAGCAGUAUCAAUUUUGGACCUUCACGGUAUCAACAGCUUCAGCCGACCAUCAGCGAAGAUGAUACUUCACCAGGUCUCUGAAAGUUUAAGUCCAGGGAAAAGUCCUGAAGAGCUUGAAAAAGCUGACCCAAAGCAGGCACUAAAAAGACCGGACGAGGACUCGGGCAAUUUUCACGAUUUUCAGCUCUGGCGUGUCAUGCACACCAUGGUGGUGGCUCGGGAGAACCCCAACCUAGAGGCUCAGGUGCUGGAGGUGUUUGGUAAAGGCCAGCUUCUGGCUGUGGCGGAAGAGAUGGGCAACUGGGUGCGCCUUCAUGCACCAAGUGGUUGUUUGGGAGGAAAGCUAAAUACUGACCUGGACCAAGUUCGCCGACCCUGUGCCUACAUGUUGAUAGAUGGCUCAGCCAAGGGCUUGGGUCAGUUGCUGCAGAAGACGGAUUUCGUCAUGCGUUUGCCUGACACGGAGAACGGAGAAAUGGAGCUGCCGGUGGAUGAAAUCUGUAGAAAUGUCAUGAAAUUGGCAUGA